AUGAAGAACCAUGGACCCUGGGCCUUCCUCCUCCUCCCUUUGGUGGCCUUGGACCUGACCAAGUAUUGUGCAGGUUCACACUGGCUGCAGAUUUUCAACGCUGCGAUUUUGGAGCCUGGCAUGGGGGAGGCCCGGUUCAUCCAGAUCAGCUAUGUAGACUCCAUCCAGUUUCAGGCAUUCGACAGCCAAGCAGGGAUUACAAGGAUGCAACCUCGGGCUGCUUGGAUGGAGCAGGAGCCACCUGAAUAUUGGGAUAAGGAAACAGCACAAGCUAUGCACUCGUCACGGAAAGACAGACAAUUUCUUCAGUUCCUGAUGAAGAACAAUAAGGACAGCAAUGAUGAAUAUCACACCCUGCAGGAAAUGGUUGGCUGCAAUGUGGCAACUAAUGGGACCUUCCUCCGCGGUCAAUACCGGUUCACCUACUAUGGCUAUGAUAACAUCAUCCUGAAUGAGGACCUGAGCUCUUGGAUUGCAGAGGGCCACAGAGCUCAAAUUCUGAAGCGUGCCUGGGAGCGUCAUGGUCUGACUGAACAAUGGAGGGCUUACCUGCAAGGGGAGUGCAUAGAAAAGCUUCUUAGAUGCCUGGAACUUGGAAAUGAGACUUUGCUGCGCACUGAUGCACCCAAAACACAUGUGACCCACCAAGUAAGACCUGAUGGCAAUGUCAUCCUGAGGUGCUGGGCCUUGGGCUUCUACCCAGCUGAUAUCACACUGACCUGGCAGAGGGAUGGGAACAACCACACCCAGGACAUGGAGCUGCCAGACACCAGGCCUGCAGGGGAUGGAACCUUCCAGAAAUGGGCAGCAGUGAUGGUUCCUUCUGGAGAGGAGCUGAGAUACACGUGUCAUGUGCACCAUGAAGGGCUACCUGAGCCUCUCACUCUGAAGUGGGAGCCUUCAACAACCAUCCCCACCAUGGCAAUUCUCGUUGGCUUGGUUGUUGUAACAUUGGUGAUAGGAACUGUGGUGAUUCUUCUGGUAUGGAAGAAAUAA